AUGGCGCCCGCAGACAAGCCUUCCCAGCCAUCUGCCUCCCGAGGCAAACGGUUGAGUGGCAAGCAACUGAAGCAUCAGCUUCGAGGCGAGGCAGCGUCCAGCGCUCGCGCGGCCCAUCUUGUCACUUCGCUGUCUCCGGCGGCGGAGCCUGCAGCCUCAGGGGGCGCGACACAGCUCGCCGCCAUCUUUGCGCACUUUGCGCGCGUCUCGACUGCCUCGGCAGCCUCCACAGACGAUCCAGAAGACGGCGCGGCUUCUCCGUCGUUUGCGGCCUCUGCGCAGGCCCCGGCAGAGCGCAAAAGCCGCCAUGGGGAGCGGCGCGGGGACUCGCCUGCUGCGUUUUCGGGGCAAGCCGGGGCUGGAGGGCGUCCCAGCUGGAGGAAGGCAGACGCAGCGGAACAGGAACAGAUCGACGAGAUCCACCGCGCGCUCGUGAAACUCACAAAGCGGGAUUCUGUCACGAGACUCAAAGGCCUCCAAGAGCUCGAGUUCCUACUCCAGGCCUCGCGCGCGCCGUCCGCGCCCUCGUCGCUCGCCUCUCCUGCUCUGUCGUCGCCUUCAUCGUCUCCCUCAGAUCUCGCUUCUUCGCCGUCCUGCGCCUCGCCGCGCCUGUCGGACGAGGCCUUUCUGGUGAUUGCCGAGGCGAUUCUGCCCCAGUUCGUUUACGUCUACGGCCGGCUCGCAGUCUGGGACGCUGAGCGUCGCAUUCGCACAGGAAUCAACCGCUGUUUGUCUCUCAUUGCUUCGCGAGCGAGGAAACUUCUCGGCCCUCAUCUGCGCUCCCUGCUUCCCCUCUGGUGGGCGUCUUCCCAUGACGAUGCCCCUGAAGUCGCUCUGGCUGCGCAAGAAGCCCUGACUUUCGCGUUUCCCCCCUUCUCCGCCUCCUCGUCUCCGCCAUCUUCUUCCUCCGUCUCCUCUUCUUCCUCUGUCUCCCCUGCUUCCUCUGUCUCCUCUGCUCCCCCUGUCUCCUCUUCUCCCCCGUGUGCGAAUGAGUUUCGAGGAUUUGUGGGCGACAGAGCGCGUUUGGCUGCGGCGUUUGACCACUGCAGAGAAGCUCUCUUUUCUGAGUAUUUCCAGCUGCUCGGCUGCGACGCCAAAGGCCUGAGCGCGCUGGUGUAUGGGACCAAAGGGCCGCAGCAAAAGAAGAGUGGGGAGAACAGGACGCCCCGCUCCGGCGAAGAAGAGGACCGCUACGACCGCACGCUCUCCUGCGUCCUCCUCGCACUCGGGCACCUCGUGCGCCUCCUCGUCACGACACACACGUCGAAGCCUCUCUCUUCUUCCGCUCCUCCUGGCUCCGGCGCCAACGCUGCUGACGCAGAGCGCGUCUGUCUGAUGGUUCUCUGGGCAGACGCCUUUGAGCCGCUUUUCUCUACUGGCGACUCCACGAGCAUCGUUCGCUUCCUCGCCCCGUCGGCCUUUCGCCUGUCUGUGCGGCAGGCAGCGCUCGCGUCGCUUCACUCGCUCCUCAGCAGCUUCGCGCAGGCGCGGAUCCCCUUGCCGUUGCCCCCGCUCGCCUCUGCAGCGGUCUUCUCUUCUCUCGGCCUCCUGGGCGGGAAACGCGAGAAAGCGGCCUCGAGGAAAGAUGAGAAACGGAGGGCCGAGACCCAGCAGAUCCUCGCGGGGUCGGCUGGCCUCGCUUCUCCGUCGUCCUCUGCGGCGGCUGAAACAUCUCCAGGGCGUGGAUUCGACAGCCGUUCCGCGGCUGCGAACGAGGCCUACAUUUCAGCGCAUGCAGAGUUCCCUUUUCCGCUCCUUCCUCGCAGCUUCGUCUCCGCCGUCUUCAGCGCCCUGGCGGAUCGGCCGCUCUGCGCCGCGAGGCUGCCAACGUACUGGAGCGCGGCGCCUCUCAGGGACACCAGGGCGCGUGCGGGGCUGCCCGAGGAAGGCCGACGCGCGCGCGAAGGGCGCACAGAAUGUGGCGAAGUUGCGGGCGACGGCGACUCUGCAGCGCAUCUGAGCCUUGCCACAGGAGACCAGGCAGAGUGCGGAUCUGCGCGCGUCAUGGGCAUCGUCACGCUUCUCCUAUCGCACUGUGGAAACCCUGUCCGGCGUCAACCUCUCGCGGCUUGUGCGAGCGGGAAGGAACUCGCAGGUGGCAUGUCUGUGUCGGAAGCGGAGAAGAACGCGAAUCGACGAGCGGCAGAAGAGAGGGAAGUCGAGCAAGACGUGCUGCGCGCGUACGAAAGCAUGGUUUCCCAACAGCUCCGCCUGUUGCUCCCGAAACUCCUGGCUGCGAUCCGGCAUGGAGGAUACGCGUCGUCUUCGUCUUUCUACGACGGCCUCCUUCCUCUGCUCGCUGCGCUCCCUGGCGACGUUCUCCUGCGCGCCAAGGAGGGGCGUCAGUUUGUGUUCUCUCUUCUCGGGGACUGUUCGCUUCUUCUGCCGCUUGUGGGGACCGCUGUCGCCGUGCGGGAGGCGAAUCUGAAAGCCAAGUCCGGCAGAGACGCCUCGGCUCCCGGGGCGUCUCUUUGCAACGCCUGUCCGCUGAGUGCGCACGCGUGCCUGGAGCUUGACGGGCGAGUCGCGAGCGGCAAACCGCGAAACGAAGACAAGGCGCGAAGUUCGCACGAGGCUGGGAAUGAAGGUGGGACGAACUGCGAGGCGCUUCACGCAGGACGCGAAGAAGGGAGAGGCGACACUCAAGUGCACGAAGGAAAGAAGGCGCACAAGGCGAAAGGCGGCGAGGCGGCAGACGCUGGCACUGAGGCCGGUCAUCGGCGCGAAGGCGCGAAGCAUGACAAACAACGCGUCGGAGACGAGGAAGGUUCCUGGGGCUCCGCAGGACCCUCGGUUUCCGCUCGGUCGCUCGCCGUCCCGCACGCCGGCGCGCGCGCCCUUCUGACCUCGCAUUUCACGGUUCUUCUCUUCCUGCUUCAGAAACGUAUUCUUCCGCUCCUCGCCGGCCGCGACCCAGACGGUCGCAUGCAGCCCUCCGCGACAUCGCCGUCCUUUUCUGCCGCUUCUGUCGAUGCUGGCCCUAACGCUUUUCCGUCUCUCUCGGCCGCUGCGCUCGGCGCCAGCGAGGCCUCUCUUCUCAGCGAGGAGGAUUUCAGGCUCCUCCGACUCGCCGUUGCACGGGCUGUGACGGUACCUCUGUGUCUUCUCUUCCUGCCUGUUCAAGGCCAAAAUACGGGCCCCCGCACGCCGCCUCCCCGGCAGCUGUGCGCGGGCGCGGACGUAGAGAGCGCGGCAGGAAAACGGGAAAACGGCGGGGCCAGGGAAGGCGCGACGUCGCAACGACCUAGACGUGAAUUGGGCGCUGAUCAAGGCGCAUUUUUCUGGUACCGUGAAGACGAAAGGGAACUGUAUCGUGUCUCCCUGCCGCUCCUGCUUCGCUGGUUUGUCGCCGAGGUGUUCAGACGGGACCUGUCCGGCGCUGCCGACUUGGCGCUCUCGCCGCUUCUCCAGUGCACGGCAGAUCACGUGCACCACCUUCUCGCUGCUGCAUCCGUCACGACUUCGCCGGAGCCGCCCUCGGACGCGGAACGCGACAGCGGCUUCACCGCCCUUCGUUUCGUUCGAGACUCCCUCAUUCCGGUCUUCGCUGCACUCGCCGAGGCGACUCCCGCGGCAUCCAGAAGCGCAGGCGCCUCAGCGCCUUCUGCCGCCUCAGCUUCGGCGCUCUGCGGCACGUCUGGCUGUGGGACUACGGAGGAUUCGUUGUCGGUCUUUGCCGCAAGCAUGCAAGGCCUCCGUGCCUUCGCGGUGUCGUCGCUCCUGUGCACCCUGAAGGCUUUGCUUCGCACCAAAGAUCAGGCGCCCGGCGCGUCCUGCCUGCGUCAAAGCGGAGACCCAGAAGCGAUCAAAGAAGGAACGGCUGACGCGACGCAGACUGUGGACAGCUGGGACACAGACUUCAUCCGCGAGGUGGUCCAGACCCUGCGCCUGUUCUUCGACGUGACCGCAAAGUGGGGCGGGGCUGCUGGCCUCGGGGGCAGCGAAGGCGGUCAGCGGGGGUUGCACGCGAGGCACGACGAAACGGCGCUGGAAAUCGAGGAAAGCCGCGUUUCCCUGGGUCUCCUUUUGGGCGCGAAGCGACAGAUCGGAAAGAGAGGAGACGUCGAACCGCCAGAGGGUGUCGUUCAUCUCCUCGCCUCGCUGGUUCGAAACUGCGUCGCGCAUACAGCCCUGCUCUGGGGCGAGACGAGUGGCGGAUCGGAGCCGAGGCGACGAAGCGAGGAAGGAGAGGCGAGCGGCGGGGCGACUGCGGGGAACAUCUCCGAUCGAGAGCGCUUGGCCUCCAUCGGGGCCCAGUGGCAGCUCGCGCGUCUCGUCGUAGACGACCUUCUUCUUCCUCUUUUCAGGAAACUCAGAGGGCGUGUAUGCGAUAAGCCGGGUUCCCGAGGUCGUGAGAGUUCUCCGCGAAGUCUCAGCGACUUCGUGGAAGCGUGGCGACCCCUUGUCUCGCUGCUUCUUCCUUCCGCCUCGGAAGACCGCCACACUGCCGUGGAGCCACGAGACGAGAACUCCACAGCGUCGCCUUCUCGCAGGCGUGCAGAAAGGUCCGCGCUCUUCAUACACCAGGCUCUUGUUCUUGGGCUGUUGCAUCGCCUGUGGAAGGCCGUGCAUGCGUCGAGCGCUCGAGCAGGCGAGGUUGGACACCAGACGACGUGCACGCAGGAGACGCCGAGAGAAGAACGGACGGAAGAGGCCGCGGGUGUGUACGGGCUUCGCACAAGUCUGCGGGGUUCCACAGAAUCCGAUGCAGAGGGGACAGCCGCCAUCAACUUCGAUGUCGCCCUUGAAAGGAGUCUCCUCGCCUCGGCGCCCUUGGUGCUUUCUGCGCCGCUCGGCGUCGCGCCGGAGGUGCCUGCGAAUGACGGGGCCCCUGUCUGGAGCCCAACGCGGUCGCGGCUCCUCCAGCUAGCCACGCGCGAGCUCCUCCCUGAGUACGUCGAACUGGUCAAGGAGACACUGCUACGCGCGAGCGGAGGAACGGUGCAAACGACUCCGCGGCGCGAAGGUGCGGCAGACGACGGGGAAGGCCGAGGUCUCGCGCCCCCAAUGAUUGUUCUCAAGACGGAGCACGCCCUCCUCAGCUUAACCCAGGCGUGCGUUGCGGCUUUACAUCGGCUGUACGUCGGCCAGAACCGCACGCGAGAAGCGUUAAACUCAGUGGCGAAAGGGGCUCUGUGUUCCUCGUCCUCCUGGACGGCGCUUGGCUGUGACGGGGAGAGUUCCCAGAUCUUUCGCCCCUGGUGGGAAGCUUCCGCGCGCACCGCAGGAGAACUGCUUCAUCUUCUCCUUCCAUUAAACAUCCAGGUUGUUCUGCCGCUCCUGCUUUGUCGAAUGCCGACCGCUCCCGAAUCGCCACUGUCAGAAACCAUGCCGUCUUCCUCUCUGUCUCCUUCCACGUCCCAGGCCUCGACCUCUGCGGCUUUGAGUGCCUGGCUCUCUGGCCUCGUAGGCUUCCAUCUUCUGCAGUAUGGCGCGCUUGAUCUUGCUGAAGACAGCCGCCCUCCGCCGCUGUGUUCCUUUGAAACUAUGUUCGAGACGCUGCUGAGUCGCCUCCCGCCGGCCGUCCUGGAUGCGCUCCUCUCUCUGCUUCGCGCCUGCUUGGUCUUCCCCUCGGGUCUCCUGUCCUCGCCCCUCUUCGAGCUGUCGGCUCUGACGCCUUGCGCCCUAGCGAGGGAAGACCGGGAAGAGAGGGAGGAAACGAAGGAGGAGGAACGGAAGAAAGAAUCCGACACAGAAGAGAAAGUGGAAAGAGAGGGAGGCAGCUACAAAAACGGCCUUCUUUUCCUCCGGGCCUCCUCUGUCACCGUGGAGAGGUGGGCGGCGUGCCUGGUUCUCCUGGCACGGCCUCUCGUGCGUCGACUCUCGCCUCGCGCGGUUGAGAAUCCAUCCGGCAGUUUGACGCCCGGGCCCUUGCCGCCGUUUUCCAUGUCUCAAGCUUUGGAUGUUCUCGUCUAUCUUCUUCGCCUUCCUCUCGCGCUUCCUCCACAAUCUGGCUCUUCGUCUCCUGCCAGCUCGACGCUUCUUCCCGCUGUGCAGGCGAGCCCCCUACACCCGGCGACUCCCGGCGAGCAGCCGCAGGCGAAGGGCGAACUGCGUGGUCACCUUUCGGCCUGUGUCUCCUCGUUGAGAGUUGCCGCGCCGCUGUCCCUUCCAGAACGUGCGGAGAACCUCAACGUUUUCGAGCUGGGUCGGUGCGCCCUCACGCAUGCGUGCUUCGUCGCCUUCCUAGAUGCGUGGUGGUCUCUCGGCGGUUCUGCAUGCGCCUCUCUCUCGCAUGAUCUCUCUGCUUCCGCGGUUCCCGCCACCACACCUGUCUCCACUGGAGACACAGACGACGGAGCGCGAGAUGCCUCCCUUGCUGAUGGGAAGGAGAACAGAGAAAGGCAUAGUGUCGAGGCGCCUUCCCCCGUUUUCCUUCUUACACCCCAUCUCUUGCAGGCAGGCGAAAGGUCGCGAGAAGCGGGGCAUGUUGAGCUCCUUCUUCUUCUACUUCUCGCCUCCUCCCGUGUCUCCGUCGAACGUGAGUUAGGUGUCUCUUCUCUCGCCAGUCGAGCUGCCGCCGCUGUAGGAGAGCAAGAGCUCAACUCGGACGCAAACCCAGAUCGGUUUACGCCCGUGGCUCCCUCGUCUCCUUUCGCAUUGAUUUUUCCUCCUUCCUUUUCUUUCCUUCGGAGGCGAGAGAGAACAGGAAGCCUCCUAGACUUGGCCAUGCCCGCCCUCGUUUCCACGCUUCUCUCUGGAGGUGCCGGCACGCUGCCUCCGCCGGAGAUUCUAGGACGGAUUUGCGCGGCAAACGAAAGGCCGUCAGGCUCGUCGGCUGCGCUCCCUUCCUCCUCUUUGUUUGCCUUGUUCUUCUGGCGGUUGCUCUGGUGCUGUGAGACAGAGGGCGAACAGCGCGGCCUCACGCCUGUCUCAGACGAGCGAAUCGAAGAGAGACAGGUGUCUCCUUCCGUCACCGCCGCGUCGCCUGGAGUCGCCUCCGCCGUCGGCCCAUGCAUGCUUCGCUCCGCCAUCUCCAGCGCGCUGCGAUGUUUCCUCCUUUUCUCGGGGGUGUCUACUCGUGAGGCGCCGCGCUCUGCUUCAGUCCCAUCACGAGGCGCCGAGAGCCGAGCCCCGGCCCCGCCGCCGGUGCCCCCAGCCGCGACCGGUGCGUGGGCUCCAACGUCGCGGGGCCCGAAGGCUCUUCGGACGGCCUUCCAGGUCCUCAGAUGGCUUCUCGACGCCAGUUUGGAGGUGACGCGUGAGACUCGAAAGCGGUCGGAACGUGAUUUGAUCGUGGGUCAAUCGCUGGCGACUGAAGACGGCGACCUGGCGGCAGAUAGCGAAGAGCGACCAAACGUCAACAGAAACCAAGACGCUGUCUCUUCUCUCCCGUCUUACGCGAGCGCCCUGGCCGUUCAUGUGGUCACCGAUGCGCUCCAGGAUUUCCUUCGCUCUCUCGGCUCGUGCUUCCUCGCCUGGCCCGCCCGAGACGACAAAGAAGAUGAAACGCGUGCAUCUCUGCUGCAUCUACUCGACGAAGUGGAUAACACGCACGUCUUCCUUCUCGAUCGAUUCCACGCGCAGACCGCGCUCCUGUCUCUGCUUCGCUCCAGGACAGAGACCGCGGCGGAUUCGCGCCAAGUCUUCUCCACAGCUCACACCCCGCGACCUGCCGGUCUUUUCGAGGAGCAAACAGCCCGCGCGUGCUUGGAUCCUUCGCCAGACGCCUCUGCUGAGUUCGGAAGGGCGGAAAGGGAAGGCGCUCUCGCGCGCAUUCUGACAGGUCUAGGGUCGGCCUUGAUGACCGUCGCUUCCGUCGGCAAGGCGUUGGGGGCGGCGGCUCAGGACGCAAGUCUUCCUCCGUCGCUUCAGCCGCUUCGAGGCGAACCUGGCGAGGAAGGAGAUGCGAGCAGAGAUUUCCUUUCCUCGCUCCUUGAACGCGAAACCGAGGUGCGUCGCCAAUGCGUGUCGCUCCGAUACACGCGCCGAGCGCUGCUGCCUGCCGUUCAAAAAUCUCUUCUUUCCCAGCAUCAGCGCGGUCUGCACUCCCCAGUGGGGGAGUCCGGAGACUUGCAAGGAGUAGGCGAAGAGGGAGAAGGCAAAGUGAGUCGGAUGCGAAGUUGCGAGGAAGCGGAGGGAUGCGAAGGUGACAGAAAUGGAGACACUCCAGGCCCCCGACGGCUCUAUCUGGCGUGGAAAACGCUGGAGGCUGUUGACGCAGCCUGCGGCCUGCGUCUCCUCCUCAGCGCCCUGGAGGCGCGUGACGGGCAUGGAGACGAGGCCGGACCUGAAUCCGAAACAGAGGUGCCCGAGGGAGAAGAAGAAAUGAGUGACGCGGCGUUUCUCUCGGAGGCUCUUUGCCUCGCCGUGUCGGUGCUGGAGGAGACAAAUCGACAGGAACGCGAGGGUAGACGAAACCGAGAGACAGCAACGGGCCGAGGCGAGCAGAGCGACUGCCUCCCUCCGCGGAGAAUGGCCGCUGUCGCGCAAAUCUUCUCUCUGUCGUUGAGCCUCCUGGGGGCGUCGCCCUGGCUCUCGGAGUCACGCGGUCCGGAGCGGGCCAGCAACGGAGACGGGAAAGAGGCCUUUUCUCCCUCGGAGAGUCAAGCUCGCUGGCUGCGUCUCCUGGCACUCUCUGUUCGGCUGGCCGUUCUCUACGAUGAAGCUGUGCGCAUGCACGAAGCAGGAGGACCACUCGUCAGCGUUUCCUCUUCUCUCUCGCGUGCGGCUUCUGCUCCUCUGGUCCGGUCGAAGAUCUCCUUUGCGCGCUGCGGGCCGCAGCGGGUUUCCAGCGCCUUCUGUUCUCAGUUCUAUGACGACGCGACUUGCCGCCUCCUUCGGCUUUUCUGCGACGCCCUGGACUUGUCUGGGGGCUCUCCGGCGACGGGGCCGGGAUCCGCUGGCCCUGGCGGCGCGGGGCCCAACCCCUUGCUGCCAUCCGCAGUCGCGGCGCGCAUCUGUGGCGCGCUUCUUGGGUGUCGCCGGAGCCCGAUUCAGGCGAACAUCGUCAGCUGUCUCCGGCGGUACCCCUGGUUCUCGCAGCCGCUCGGGCAGACGAGCGUCUUUCCACCGUUUCUCCGAUCGGCCCACCCCACAGAGACAGCAGGCGAGGGACGCAGGCCAAGGCCGAGAGAGAAAGGAGACACCGCAUCUGGCGAGCGGUCGCCUCCCUCGUGUGUUUGUCGCGGAGACUUCUUCGGCGAGGCGUUUUCUCUCCUCGCCGCAUCUGACAUCUGCGACUGUCUGGGCUCGACAGAAGCCCUGUCUUGUCUUUGUGCCCCACGUCCAGUGUCUCUGCAGCAAGUGAAGCAUCUUCUUCAGCGCUUUGAUCUGUCGCUAGAUCGGGCUUCCUCGCACGCUGCCGACGACUCGGACUCCGACAGGGAGACGCGGGGAGGGCCCGAGGAGUCGAUCGAAGACGAGGAAGAACGCGCCGUGCAGGGGGAAAACGGAGAUGAGGAGGAGAGCAGGAUUGUUGGCAAGGCGCGCGCGGCGUCUACAGGCGCCUCGUCGCCGCUGGCGUCUCCUGGAGACUCCUCGGACGGGCCCCAGUCGUUGGUGGGGCGACUCCGGCGUUUGUUGUCGAACACGGCCGAUCCGAAGUCGGCGAGCACAGAUUCUGGCGGAGCAGAUGCAACGGAACGUGAAGAGGCACAAAUUGUGCAAGACGUGUUGCAGGCUGUCGAGGCGGCAGACGGCUCGAGAGAUGAGAGAGAGAAGCGUGGCAAGUUCGCGCGAACACGCGGCCCCGCGCGUACGGAGGCGCCGCAGGGGGAGGCAAUCCACGGCGUGGACGGAAGAGACAAGGAUCAGUGCAGGCAUCCCUCGCCGUCUUCUUCCCAGUCGCGUUUGACGUUCGGCCUCUCUCCGGCCGAGGAAGGAACGGCGAUUCUCGGCUGGCUGAUGCAGAUUUUCACCGGGCGCAUGCUCGCCGCGCAACUGCUCGAAACGUUCCGAGACGCGAGCUGUGCGCUCGCCCUCGCGGCGCACGGCCGCGACGAGCACAGGGGAGGCAAGGCGCCUGAGAGACGCGGUUCGUUCCCCUCUGGCUCUCUGAACGAAGACGAAACGUGUGAAAACAGCGAGAACGCACCGCGCGAACGCGAGAGAGAACAGACCCUCGAAGACAUCGCUCUCGGGCUGCGGGGAUGGGUGAUCAUUUUGCCCUCGCUUCUCUCGCUCGCUUCCGGAACUGACGCGGAGGCGUGGGAAGCGGAUGGCGGCGCGGCGCCUACGCCAGACACGGAGACAGCGGAAAACGGAGAGAAGGCGAGUGAAGCCGCGCAGCAACGCGCCUGUGUCCCGUAUCUCCAGCUGCUGAUGCAAACGCCUCCGUCGCAGGCCGCACGUGCGCGAAGAGUCCUGACCCAGGCGACGCCUCCGUACUCCACUUUCUCUCCGUCUUCGUCUCUCUACCGCCACCUCGUCUCUCUGUCUGCCUUCUCGCCCCUCGCGCUCGAGGUCUUCUCUCCAGGCGCCUCGCCGGCCUCGUCCGCACCCUUCUGCGCUUGCGCGGCGUGUCAGUUGCUUCCAGAUGUGACGGAAAUGUCGCUCGUUCAGGGCCUCGUUGAACUGCUCUUUGUCACCCUUCUUCAACUGACCUCGGAGACCCGACGCUUUCCGCCCCAAGAGUUAACUUGCUUGCGGUCCUUCCUCUCUGCGGUCUCCCUCCCGACCUCGCAACCUCCCAGCGCGCCCUCCGCGUCUUCGCUGUCUCCUUCGGCUCAUGUGACGCCGGCGAGUGUCGCCCGAUGGCUGGGGGCUCCGCGCCUCGAAGAGACUCGUCUCUCUGGGAAAUCAGGAGCGUCGCAGGCGGGGCACGACCGUUUCUCGAAACCGCUGGCAAGUCCGAAAUCUCUCCCCGACCUCACUGCGGAAGAAGGCGACUCCGUCUGGCUCGAGCGAGACUGGAGGGAGUACAUCGCCAGAGAAGGACAGCAGAGCUCCGCGGCCGAGAGACGAACAGACGAGAAGGAAACCGACGCGUCGAUGCUUCAGGAUUUGCCUCUCCAAGGCGUUGUAUGGGACGUGGCAAAUCGAUCUUUUCUCUGGCUACUCGCAGCCCACGUCUACUACCUUCUCCUGCAAGUCAACCCCGAGGCCGUUCGGCGCAUUUGGACACGCUGCCGCAACGGCCGAGCUCGGAGGGAACUGGAGCUCUUCACUGAAACCUACGUCUCCUCUCGGCUUAUGCGGAAGGAGGUGCGCGAGGCUUCGAAACUCGCAAACUCCUUCGACUUGUCUCUGCAUUUCGACGGCCGCCAGAAAGACCUCGCGGUGACCUACCGAGACGAGAAGGGCGAGAUUUCGGUGACGUUGAAUGUCCUGUUUGCCAAAAAUUUCCCUCUGCAAAAGAUCCAACCUCAUCUGGAUUUAGAUCGCAUUCCCGGCGUCCCCAAGAGUCGCAGCAGCCGGUGGAUCCUCGCCGCCUUUGGCGCGAUGAAUCGCUCCUGCCUGGCCGCGGGGCUGUUUGUCUGGGCUGCGAAUCUUCGACACUUCUUCGACGGCCUGGAAGACUGCCCCAUCUGCUACUCCGUGGUUCACCCCCAACACCGCUCCCUCCCCAAGAAAAUGUGCCCCACAUGCAAAUACAAAUUCCAUGCCGAAUGCAUCUAUCGCUGGUUUCGCACCGCCAGAAAAACCAACUGCCCCCUUUGCCAGUCACCCUUCUAG